GUUUCCCGAAGUCGCAUGGAAGAUUUGGAAUUUACGAAAUUUUAUUUUUGUAAUUUAUAAUCAAAAUGGCUUCAACUAAAAAAGUUGAAGAAAUUGUUAAUGACGACGUGGUAGAAAAUGGUGACGACGAGGAAGUGGAUGGCGUAGAAGAAGGAGAUGCCAAGGAUCCCGCCAAAAAGAAGAAAAAGAAAAAAAAGAAGAAGAAGACAGCUGAAGGCGAAAACCCGGCUGGUGAGGAGCCUGAAGUCACAAAUGCAACAGAGAAGUUGCAGUCUUUGUCAGUAGAAACUGCAGCUGAGGGAGAUGACAAGAAAAAAAAGAAGAAGAAGAACAAGAGCAAAGGAGGCAAGGGUCCUGCGGUGCAACAGACCAACCCUCCGACUAUACCAAUUGCUGAAUUAUUUCCUGAUGGCAAUUACCCUGAGGGACAGAUUAUGGACCACGGCCCAGCUGAAGGCAUUGAUGAGAGAACUGCUAAGGACCGCUUCUCAAGUGAAGAGAAGAGAGCUUUGGACAGGAUGCAAAAUGAUAUCUACCAGGAGAUCAGGCAUGCUGCUGAAGCACACAGACAGACACGCAAGUACAUCCGCGACUGGAUAAAACCGGGUAUGACGAUGAUCCAAAUUUGUGAAGAGCUGGAGUCGACAGCACGCCGUCUCAUCGGUGAGGAUGGGCUCAAGGCGGGACUGGCCUUCCCGACUGGUUGCAGCCGCAACCACUGCGCUGCACACUACACGCCCAAUACCGGAGACACGACCGUCCUUGAAUAUGACGACGUGGUGAAGAUCGACUUCGGCACGCACAUCAACGGGCGCAUCAUCGACUGCGCGUUCACGCUGCACUUCAACCCGCGCUAUGAUCCGCUCGUGAAGGGCGUGCAGGAAGCUACGGAGGCAGGCAUCAAGGCUUCAGGAGUCGACGUAAGGCUGUGCGACGUGGGAUCUGCUGUGCAAGAGGUGAUGGAAUCACAUGAAGUGGAACUUGAUGGCACAGUGUAUCAAGUGAAACCAAUUCGCAAUCUAAAUGGUCACUCCAUUGGACCAUACAGAAUCCAUGCCGGUAAAACAGUACCUAUCGUGAAAGGCGGCGAAACAACACGUAUGGAAGAGAAUGAGUUUUACGCCAUCGAGACAUUCGGCUCCACCGGCCGCGGGCAGGUGCACGACGAUAUGGAUUGCUCCCACUACAUGAAGAACUUUGACCAACAAUUUGUACCAUUGAGACUCCAAUCUUCGAAGCAGCUUCUAAACCUGAUCAACAAGAACUUCGGCACGUUGGCAUUCUGCAAACGUUGGUUAGAGCGCGCGGGUGCGUCGCGCUAUGCGAUGGCAUUAAAAGAUCUCUGCGACAAGGGCGUGGUGGACGCGUAUCCGCCGCUCUGUGACACCAAGGGCUGUUACACUGCCCAGUUUGAACACACCAUCCUGCUGAGACCCACAGUCAAGGAAGUUAUAUCGCGCGGCGACGACUACUAGCAAAACCCCACAUACUUACCUAUAAGGGUUCUAACAUAUUUGUUUUCUUUUUAUACAGUUUGACCACCACAUUAGCAGUACAAGAUUAAAUAUAGAUUCUGACACAAAAGAUAUUUUAAUUUUUUAUCAGAAACAAAAAGAAAUAUGAACAAUCUAUAAAUGCAGGUCAUUUUCACAAAUAGAUUUUAUUGUGCUAAAGGAUGGUGGAACUGUAGUUUUUAAUGGUUUAUGUGUGUAUUGUUUUCCUAACCUAAGUAUCUAUGUUGCAAACGAGUUAAUUGUUACAACGGCGGGUGCUGGCUAAUUCUAUGAUAAAAUCAUGGAAAUAUGCAAUUACACCUAUGGUGUAGACAAAACAUCGAGUCUUCAACCUGACAAAAAUAGAUAACAAUUCAAUGAUUUUACUUUGUAAAAACACUUUAUAAGUUAAGUUGACAUUUUUAGGCUGUAUUCCAUAUUACAAACUGUACAAUAUAAUGGCAAUAUCUUCUUUAUAUUUCAGUACUAAUCCUAUUUUGAACACUAAGGUCGAAUGUGAUAUGCCGAUAUUCUAACAAUUUUGUCAUUGAAUCAACUUAUUUGAAAUAAAGUUCUAUAUAUAUUA